GAAGCCUUCGUUCUCACUUUAACACGCAGAGAAACAUUGCUUUAAUUUUGCAAUUUACUCUUUUAGUCGACGCAAUGUCGCUCGAGCCGCCCACCUACCUCAACUCUCUACAGAACAAUAUCCGUGCUCGACCUAUUCCAUGGGAUGGUGCAGUGCGGGCAGGGAACAUCACUGAUGAGCACUUGCGCAAGAUCAAAGCAGUUGACAAAGUCAGAAAACAAGAACGCAAACAGACAGUUGAAACCGAUUUGAAAGGGUACACGACGCUUCUUUCUGGUGGCUCUAGCGAGAGGAGCGUGCUGGAGUCGGCUUCCCGACGGACUGAUAUAGUGCAAUAUAUAUUGGUUCUAGCUGCAGACCUGAUCAAUGACGUUCCUGCUCUUGCAUCGGCGCUCAUCUCACAUCCCGAGCCCUACAACGUAUUCUUACCACUUCUGCGUCACUCCACAAACCCCGAAGAUCCCAUUCCACUACUCACAUCCGCAUUUUUGACGAGUCUUGUGUCGACAGCACUCGUAUCGUCCCAAACCUCCGAGCGAGAAGAGGAAGCACUACCACAGUUGUAUUCAUACCUGGCGACUUUGACGAAGAAUCAAGACAGUGGCCUUCAGGAUAUCGGUGUUCAAGGGUUUUCGGCACUUUUACGCAAUAAAGCAGCCAGAGAACUUUUUUGGAAACAGCGCAAAGAGACUGUUGACCCGUUGGUGGAGAUACUUCGCACAGCGGCUGGGGGUAAAGAUAACGGUUCAAUCAAUUUGGCUAGCUCUUCUGCCGGUAGCAGCAUUCGCACUGCCGAUAUCAGCAUUGGCGGCGGAGUGGGAUUGCAACUGCUUUACCAUGUGCUUUUGGUCAUUUGGCAGCUCAGUUUUGAGGGCAGUCUAGUAGGAGAUGAACUGCAAUCGGAAUAUGAUAUAAUUGAAUUAUACACACAAUUACUACGACUUUCACCCAAAGAGAAGACAACACGACUUCUCCUAGCCACCUUGAACAAUCUUCUUGUCACUAACCGCACUACACUCCUACCUGUGGCAACAUUCGUCCGCCUGCCUGCGUUGCUUUCGAACCUGAGCGGCCGCCACUUGACCGAUCCUGACCUUCUUGAAGACCUUCAGUCACUCACGGAGUUGUUGGAUGAGUACACCAAGACGCAGACUACAUUUGACGAAUACGCAGCCGAAUUACAAUCCGGACACCUGCGCUGGUCUCCCCCUCACCGCAACCCGACGUUCUGGCGCGAAAAUGCACGCCGCAUUCUUGAAGACGAUCGUGGUGCCUUGCCCAAGAAAUUAACAGAGAUUAUCUCGAAGAGCUGGGAGAACGACAAGCAAGUUCUAGCAAUUGCAUGCAAUGAUGUUGGAAAUCUGGUCAAAGAGGUUCCGGAGCGUCGAACUCAACUGGAGAAACUGGGAUUGAAGACCCGAGUGAUGGAGUUGAUGACUGAUCAUGAUGAGUCGGUGCGAUGGGAAAGCUUGCGUGCAGUCGGAGAGUGGCUUCGAUACAGCUUUGAUAGAUAGGCCGGUCUCUUUUAUGUGGUUCUCAUGUUUGUAUAUACGUACCUUGGCUUGUUUAGUUCUCGUUCUCCUAUAAAUCGAAUCAGUAUCCUAUGGGUCAAGCGAUCGACGGCA